GAGGGACCCUGUGGGCCAUGGAGCUGCCGGACCCCGUUCGCCAGCGGCUGGGCAACUUCAGCCGCACCGUGUUCAGCGACUCCAGCCGGACUGGGCCAGAAUACAAUGAAGGUCCCGAUAAUGAAAUGGCCUCCAGUUUGCCACUGCAAAUGUCACUUUAUUUUAACACUUACUUUUUCCCACUUUGGUGGGUAAGUUGCAUCAUGAUGCUUCAAAUGAAGUAUUCAGUCUUGCCUGACUACUACAAAUUCAUUGUGAUCACGGUGAUCAUUCUAAUAACCUUAAUUGAAGCCAUUCGUUUGUAUCUGGGUUACAUGGGUAACCUACAGGAAAAGGUUCCCGAGUUGGCUGGCUUUUGGCUUUUGAGCCUUCUACUUCAGCUGCCUUUAAUUCUUUUUUUGCUAUGUAAUGAAGGGCUAACAAAUCUGCCUUUGGAAAAAGCGAUACAUAUCAUCUUCACUCUCUUCCUUACUUUCCAAGUUAUUUCAGCAUUUCUUACCUUGAGGAAAAUGGUCAAUCAGUUGGCAGUCCGCUUCCACCUCCAAGACUUUGACCGGCUCUCUGCAAACAGAGGAGACAUGAGAAGGAUGAGAUCAUGUGUAGAAGAGAUUUGACCUAGUGCUGUUGAAUGAAAAUCUGAAAGUUGACUUUUGAAGCCUGCAAGAGUCAGGAAAAUGUGAGAGAUCCAGUCUGAGGAAAUGGACAGGGCAAGUGUGUUGAAGUGUUUACUCUUGUGAGCUCUGAGAUCAAGGUCACAGGCAAUGUAAGGACAAUAUAACAAUAUAAUACCUAGAUGUUGCGCAUCUGUUGCCAAAUUUCUUAAAGCUCUUGAUGAUGUUUUUUCCAACUGUGGAAAAAUCUGCCUGGUAGUUGUGGUUUACCAGUUUUACCAUUUCUGUUUAGGAGCUCCAACCAGGAUGGCGUACAUUUUUUUAAAGUUGUCAUUAAUCCAUAGCUUGACAAUAGACCAUGUUUUUUGAAGUACGUAAAAAUUCUAACCAAUAUUUUUGUGAAUUAGGCUAUAUUUGUAAACCGAAAACCAAAUGUUUGUAUUUGUUUGGGUUAAUUUCUAACCCUAGGAUUUGUUGUUACGUCAAGGUUAGGAAGAAAACAGAUUAUCUUGGUAUUAAAUAUUUUUCUCACAGAAUUGUAACAUUCACAAAACUAUGUUCAGUAUUUGUGGUGGCAGUGUGUAAAAUGUUUUUAUAAUAAAUUAUCAAAUAUUUAUGUUGAUAACAGCAA